UUGAUAAUAUCGUUUGACAUAUAUGGGCCGGGGGCUUAAAAACGAAGCCGGUUCGGGUAUCCUCAAUGACCCUUCUUCUUUUCGAUUUCCAGUUUCUUUUACUGAAAUAGCACCGGUGAAUGUGAAUCUCGAUUCUUGCCCUUCUUACUUUCGAUUUCCAGUUUUUUUUUUCUUGAAAUUAAGACGAAAUCGAGAAUAGAAUCUGUGUAGAAUCUGAUUAUGAGAGUAUUUGAGCCUCUGAUUGUUAAUAUCUCUUCUCGCCGUGUUUUCUCACCGAUAACAACCUUACAUCAAUAAAGCUAACGUGGAGAUGAAGGAUAAGAAGAAAGGCCACAACACUAAAGUUUCCACCAGCGGAGGCGUCCUAUCACCUUCGAAACUACUAUUAUCGCAUUUGAUUUGCGGCAUUGGGUUAGCUUCAUCAUUUUGGCUAGCAAUUAAUGUGUACUCCAUCAACUUGAUCGAUAAUCCAGCCGAAACUCUUCGUUUAGUAUGGCUGAUUGAAGUCCCAGUUGUGAUUUUGAUAUACAGUCUCUUUCGGAAAGAUAAGAAUCAGAGUUCGUACUUGAAGGCUGUAGCUAGAGGUUUACUAGGGCUUCCAAUUGGGGCAAUCAUCAAUGCACUUGGAGCUAUUGCUUUAGGGGCACCUAUCGGAACUCACUACUUUCAAAGAACCCUCAACUGGUCUCUUCUAAUGUCUGCAUUUACAUUUGUUCCUGCAGCAUGUGUGUAUGGUUCUUCAUGGGUUGAUUGGCAACAUACAUUUGUGCAUACAAAGCUAAUUGGAAUUAUUGAUUAUAUGAUAUGUUUACCUGCACAUGGUGCAGUAAUUGGAGCUUGGUUUGGGGCAUGGCCUAUGCCCCUUGAUUGGGAAAGAACAUGGCAGGAAUGGCCAAUUUGUGUAACUUAUGGAGCUAUUCUCGGGUACUUGGUUGGAAUGUUGGGUUCUAUCUGUUUUGCAGUCUUUCGUGUUUCACAUCAACACAGAAAGGGAGAUUAAACUUGAAGGUCUUUCCUCUACCUAGUAGAAAAUUAGAUUUGUAAAAUGGAUUUAUUGUUUGUUUUUAAGUUGAAUUAUUUCCUAGAUUUCUUGUGUAUUAUUUGUUUGGAUGAAAUUUUGCCCUGCUAAUGAAAUUUGUGCUAGAUC